AUGAAGCUGGCGUUCGGCCUAAGAGGCAACAAACUCACAGCAGGCCACGUAGCGACAGUUAUUAUUCCUGCCUACAUAUGCUUUGGCUACCUCAAUGCAGUUUCGAGUGGCAUUGUCGACCGGCAAUCAUGGGUAACUCAAUUCCCGAAAUUGGACACCGUGAAUACAACUGGAGCUGCCAAAUCACAGAAUUCUCGAAUUGAAGGAACCGUCGUGGCUCUAUUCAAUCUAGGAUGUCUGUUCAGUUCAAUUGGAUGUAUAUUUAUUGGUGAUAAGCUGGGAAGGAAACGCACCUUCAUGCUUGGACUGUCCAUCACCAUUGUCGGAUCUAUCUUACAAAGUACGGCCUUUUCAAUGGCUCAUCUUAUUGUCGGUAGACUGGUCACAGGGUUUGGCUUUGGGGCUGUGACAGCAACGGGACCUAACUGGCAAAGUGAGACAACGACACCCAGUCUGAGAGGAUUUGUUGUUAUGCUUCAAAGUGGCUUCUUGGCCACUGGUUUAGCUUUGGCAGGGUGGCUUGAAUAUGGCCUUGCUUUUACAGAAGGCUCGGUCACUUGGCGACUGCCGCUCGCAUUUCCCGCUUUUCUAUGUCUCGUGUCCCUCAUAUUUGCUCCAUUUUGGCCAGAAUCGCCCCGGUGGCUAGUUAAAGUAGGCCGAAUUGAAGAAGCACGCGAGGUUAUAGCAAUCCUUAUCGACGAAGCCCCCGAAGGAGACCAGGUUAUACGCCAGAUUGAAGAAAUUGAACAAUCUCUUCAAGAGACUGGAGAAGGUUCAUUCAGGGAUAUCUUUCGCAAAGGACCGUCGCGGUUCGGUCACCGAGCCCUCAUAGCUAUAGCAACUCAGAUGGGACAACAGAUAUGUGGCCAGAACGCUAUCACUUUCUACCAAUCAACAAUAUUCAAGGAGUUUUUGGGCAUGACAGGAAAUAUGCCAUUGCUAAUGUCAGCAGUACUCUACUCUUGGAAAAUCCUUAUCAGUCCUUUUGGGGCAUUAACAGUGGAGAAAGCAGGCCGUCGCAAGCUUCUUAUAUUAUCAUUCAUCGGAAUGGGAAUCUCUAUGGCAGUAAUGGGAGGUUGUAUCUCCCAAAAAGGCAAUAAGAUGGCGUCAAACACGGCUGUGGCCUUUAUUUUCCUCUACGUGUUUUUCUACGUUACAGGAUGCAUUGGUCUAACGUACUUGUACUGCUCUGAAAUUGCUCCCUUAGCCGUGCGAACACAGAUCACCGGCAUGUCGACCGCUUCAUCAUGGACAUUCAAUUUUAUUGUGGUAGAAGUGACCCCGGAUGGGUUCAGCUCUUUGGGGUGGAAAUACUUCAUUGUAUAUGCAGCAAUUAACCUUGUUUUACUUGUGCCGAUGGUUUAUUUCUUCUUCCCCGAGACCAGAGGUCUUCAUCUUGAGGCAAUUGACAAUAUAUUUUUGGAAAGCAAAAGCAUUUGGCACCCCGUCAGAACAGCACGGGCAAGGGGGAAAGACUUUCUACUCUAUGGGCAGAAUGGGCAUGCGAAUGACGAAGAGAAGAAACAGGAAGAAAGACAUGAAUAUGCUGUUUAG